GUGUGUGUGUGGUGCGUGUGCGUGUGGUGCGUGUGCAUGUGAGGCGUGUGUGUGUUGUGUGUGCUGUAUGUGUUGUGUGCAGCGCGCUCCGUGCGUAACGGCACUUCCACACGGUCUACCGCGUCUCUCAUCAUGCAUAUUUAACAGUCUGUCUUUACCUCUGCACAUCAUUGGCCAGUCCAGAGCUGCUCGGCUCCUGAUUGGUUGCAUGUGUAAUACCUUUGCUCUUUUUAUUAGCAUGUGUAAUUCUCAAUCUGACGCGCCGUGUUGCUAAGUUUUCAGUGUGAGGUUCUCGUGUUCACGGCAUUGAGAGCUGUGACGGUCAGCUUGGUUCUGUGAGGUUCUGUUCUGCUCAGUGGCUGUCAGUGACAAUGUGUGUAUUUAUAUGGAAAGGCUUCUGGAAUGACUGUAGUGCGACUUGCGCCAUGUAGACGCGGUGUUCUCGCUCGUUGUGCGCAGGAUUUCCACUCAGGAUGUUCUGUGCCAAACUGAAGGAGCUGAACAUUUCGGCCGAGUGUCCUUUCUCAGUGCUGGUGAGAAAUGAAGAAGCAGACGAAAGGGGAGAUAGAGACAAGAUAGGAGAGAACCGAGCUCAGGUCGCUGAACGCGUCACAAACGUCGCGCCAAGGCGCAAAACGAGCCGGAAUAAAGUUAAUCUACAUUCACUGGGAGAAAGCGUCCGCAAACUGGUGUGUCCAGAGUUCGAAAAACUGCGAAAUGCGAUGUCCAGAGUGAUGAACCAGCAGUCACACACCACAUGUCCUGCUCAACACACUACAGAUGGUCAUCAGCUUCCUGACAAACCUGAACACUUGCUGGAGGUCAUGAAGAGUUACUCAGUGAAAACAGGAAUUCCCCUGGACACCUUGAAGCUCGCUCUCGGUACUGAAGUAUUCCGUGACUGCUAUGAAGAAGAUGAUCACGUGCUCCGAGUGGUGGGUGGAGCCUUGCAUGACUUCCUGAACAGUUUCAACGUCCUCCUGAAGCAAAGCACACCGCCCACCGCCGAUGCACGCCAUCAUGUAUGUCAGGCCUCUGUGCUGUGUCUGGACAAAGACCCGGGCCUUCUGACUGUCUACUACUUCAACCCUCACUCCACCACUGAGCUCUUCUUCCCAGGCAUUGUUCAGGCAGCAGCUCACUUCCUGUAUGGCAUCAAAGUGGAUGUCAAGAUAGACUCAGAGGUAAAAGAGGGUGAGACUCUCCAUGACAACCAUCAGCCCCACCUUCUGUACUCCAUAAUGGUGAGAGAUGCCAGGAGCCUGACGCCCAGCCCCAUGAGGACACACUCGUCCGGUCAUAUCCCUCUGUCUCUGCUCUACUCCACCUUUCCCUUCCACAUCCUUUUAGAUCAGGACAUGGCCGUGGUGCAGAUGGGAGAUGGGUUGAGGAGGCGAUUAGGGCGGGGCAGGGAGGGUCAAAGAAGGCCAGCCUUUGAAGAGCACUUUGUCAUUGUGAUGCCUGAAAUCCAGCCAGAUUACCAGCGAAUCCUCACCAUGCUGAACACACAGUUCAUCCUGAGGAUGAAGCAGCUCGGAGCUAGCACCGCUGCUGGCUUUGGGAAGCACAUGGACCUUAAAGGUCAGAUGAUCUUCAUGACUGAGUCGAAUGCUGUGCUGUUUCUGGGCUCACCCUGUGUGGACCGUCUGGAGGAGCUGACAGGGCGUGGCCUUUAUCUGUCUGAUAUCCCCAUCCAUAAUGCCCUGCGUGAUGUGGUGCUGGUAGGUGAGCAGGCGAAGGCGCAGGAUGGCCUGAAGAAGCGUCUGGGGAAAGCCAAAGCGGCUCUAGAGCAGGCUCACCAGGCCCUCGAGGAGGAGAAGCGCAAAACCGUUGAGCUUCUCUUCACCAUCUUCCCUGGGAAUGUGGCUCAGCGGCUGUGGCAGGGGCUUCCUGUGCAGGCCAAGAAGUUUGACGCUGUCACCGUGCUCUUCUCGGACAUUGUGGGCUUCACUGCAAUCUGCUCACGCUGCACACCCAUGCAGGUGGUGGACAUGCUGAGCGCUCUCUACACACGCUUCGACCACCACUGUGGAGAACUCGAUGUCUAUAAGGUGGAGACAAUCGGAGAUGCGUAUUGCGUUGCUGGAGGGUUACAUAAGGAGAGUCCGACCCACGCUGUUCAGAUCGCUCUGAUGUCACUGAAGAUGAUGGAGCUCUCUGAUGAGGUCACGACCCCCAUGGGUGAGGCUAUCAAGAUGAGGAUUGGUGUUCAUUCUGGCUCAGUUCUUGCGGGCGUGGUCGGGGUGAAGAUGCCUCGAUACUGUCUGUUCGGGAACAAUGUCACCUUAGCCAACAAGUUUGAGUCAUGCAGCUUGCCGAGGAAAAUCAACAUCAGUCCUACAACCUACAGGUUACUGAAGGAUUAUCCCGAGUUUACAUUUAUCCCUCGCUCCAGAGACGAACUUCCUCCCAACUUCCCCUUUGAUGUUCCAGGUAUUUGUUACUUCCUGGAGUGGGCCGGCGGCAGGAUGAGUGACCCCACGGUCACGUGUUUCCCCGCCUUGAUGAACAGCGUACAGUAACGUACAGGAUCUGGUGCUGAGUCGGCGGCAUGUCAUGCAGCACUAGGACUGUUUAUAAUGGUGUUAUCAGUGCUGUCAGAGCUGCAGUGAAGUGAUCAGAGUUUAAAGAUUUGUUUGACUCCAGAACUUUAAUGCAGCUUUGUUACUGAUCUUCCUAACAAAUAAUCAUCUGCUGUGAUUUAGUCAAAGCCACAACUGCAGUAAUGAGAAUCAGAGCACGAGAAUUAAUUAAAUACUGUACACAUGUGAUCACAUUCAUGUAGUCUUUAUUCACUCGCUCACUGAGACACAGCACAGCGUUAUGAACACACUCAAUGUUCCUCAGUCCUGAUGUCCAAUCAGAUCAGUUUUACACCAGCUCUGUGUGUGUGUGUGUGUGAGUGUGAGUGUGUGUGUGUGUGUGUGAGUGUGUGUGAGUGUGUGUGAGUGUGUGUGAGUGUGUGUGAGUGUGUGUGUGUGAGUGUGUGUGUUUGUGUGAGUU